AUGGGGUUUUCCAGAUUGAUACUGGUUUUGAUGCUAAUGUCUGUGUUCUUGCCACCAUCGACACCAGAUCCCAAUGAUGAAUCUUGUUUGACCAAAUUGUUUGAAUCAAUGGAAGACCCGAAUCAUAAUCUCAUGAAUUGGACCAAAGCCAGCUUCGAAAACCCGUGUUCAGGCUUCCUCUCGAACCUCGCCGGAGCAACCUGCAACAACGGACGCAUCUACAAGCUCUCCCUGCCGAACCUCGCCCUUCGUGGCUCAAUCUCACCGUUUAUCUCCAAUUGCACUAACCUCCAGGCGUUAGAUAUCUCAAACAACUCUCUCACCGGACCAAUACCCAACGAACUUCAGUACCUUGUCAACCUCGCCGUCCUCAACCUCUCCUCCAACCGCCUCUCCGCCGCCAUCCCACCUUCCCUCGCCAUGUGCGCUUACCUCAAUGUCAUUGACCUACACGACAACACCCUUUCCGGCACAAUCCCACCUCAGCUCGGUUCCUUAGCGCGGUUGUCGGUUUUUGAUGUUUCCAACAACAAAUUAUCCGGCCCUAUUCCGGCGAGCCUCGGAAACCGGACGGGAAACCUGCCACGUUUCAAUGCCAGCUCGUUUUUAGGUAACAAGGAUCUUUACGGGUACCCGUUGGGUCCGAUGAAGAGUAAAGGGUUAUCGGUGGUGGCAAUUGUCGGAAUUGGAUUGGGGAGUGGAUUGUUGAGUCUGGUGUUGAGUUUCACGGUGGUUUGUGUUUGGUUGAGAGUGACGGAGAAGAAAAUGGCCGCCGAACAAGAAGGCAAAAUCAGUCAGUUAAUGCCUGAAUAUUGA